AUGGCCGCCUCUGUUCCCCCGCCUGCAAAGAGAAGGAAGGAGGAUCCAACGCCCUCUCCGCUCCUUCCGGCCGCAGGAUGGUCCGCCCUCCCGCCGGACCUCGUCCGCCGCGUCGCCGACUCCCUACUGGCCACCAAAUACCUUGACUGCUACAUGGACUACCGCGCCGUCUGCUCCGGCUGGCGCGCGGCCACCGACGACCCCAGGAGCGACGCCACCGACCCCCGCUUCCGCCCGCGCCGCUGGAUCGUCCUCGACGAGGUCUUCCCGAGCCAAGGAAAGAUGCUCCUGUUGAAUACCGACUCCGGCCGCUUUCUCCACAGAGAACUCCCGCUGCUCAACGACCACCAUAUCGUGGCAACCACUCGCAAUGGCUACCUGGUCCUGGCAGACAAAAGCCCUCCUCACGCGGCCAGCGUCCUCAACCCUCUCACCGGCGUUGUCAUCCGUUUCGUGGCGCCGGUGCCCAGCGAGGUGGGAUCCGCCGCUGUCGUCUUUUUUGACCAUGCUUCGCUCGCCCUCACCUUGUUCUGCGAUUCAUCUCACAAUAUUUACACGGCCUGCCGCGACAAAAUUGGUUUUUUCGUCCAGGAGGUUCCGGGACCGGAAGCAUAUUACGAUAUACUCCGUAAGGCGCUACUGCUGGAUGGUGUUUACGCAGACAUGUUUGAUGAAUCGACAUUUGAGGGCGUGGUUGAUGAUUUAUGCAGUUUGCUUCAUGAGGUUGUCAUGUUUUUCUCUGGUGGUCUUCCAGAUGUAAACGACCUCAAAUGGUUUCCAUUACUGGGUUUGGAUAGCCAUAUGUUGCUUGUCGUGAGUACAAAGGGAUCAACCUUUGUUUUUAAAAAGGACAUCAAGAUAGGUAAGCUCGUGGCUUUGGACAACAUCAACAACUAUGCCAUCUUCAUUGGACAUCAGAGGUGCCUGGCCAUUGAUGUCGAUAAGUUCCCAGGCAUUGAGGCAAACUGCGUCUACUACACCAAAAUUCUGGGUUUGUCUGCUCACAUCUGCAAGUGCAACAUCAAGGACAGGAAAGUAGAGAGGAUCUCUGAAGCUGCAGAGUUUCUGAAGCACGACAAGCAGUUUGUCCUGGUCACCGACCGUCCUUCGACGAUCAUCCACCUUCUCUCCAGCUACACUAUCAACAUCCCAGAUUCUCAACUAACCUUGCAUCAGAUUCCAUAA